GCGCUGGCUGCAGAGUCUUGAGACCUGGGGAGGGCUUUGCUCCUGUCAUGUGCAGAGAGCAGAGAGACCCUAAUAUGUACAUCCUGGAAUGGGGGACCAGGAGGCCUGGCCCACUUCAUCUGUGACCUCUGGCUGCUCUCUGUGUCUCUGUUUUCUCACUUUUUAUGCUAUUGAUACAAAAUACUUGGAGAGGGACUGACUUAAUUUGUCUUCUUGAGACAGGGUUUUGCUAUAUAGCCCAGCCUGGCCUUGAACUCACAGCGAUCCAUUUGCCUCAGCCUCCCCAGUCAGUGCUGUGAUCAUGGGCGUGCCCCACCAUGCCUGGCCUUGGACUGAUCUAAGCCAUGGUCAUUCCUGAGUUCCAGAACUUUCUCUCCCCUGUCUGUUCUGUGGUUCCCGCUGGUUGUACUGACCUGAUGGGAUACACGUGCUCCUCUGGCAGGCGAGAACUCUGGGUCCUGAGACCCAUCUCCCCAGGACACUGGAGCAGGGCUCCUGAGGACCCCUUCUGUUGGGUGAGGGGUGAGGACUGUGGACUGCAGAGCCAGCCUGUGAGCGGCCUCUUGUUUCCCGAGAUGUGGGUGCCAUUACUGCCAUUUCUCACAGUGGCUCAUGAGUCCACAAGGGCGCCCUAUAUAGACCUGGCUGCCUGGUUCACACUUGCUGACAAGCACCUCUUUUUCACCCUAGAGCUGCUGGUGCUGGCCCCCACCUGACCUCCAGGGCCGCUAAGUGUGUCCCUGGGCUGGGCCCCAGAAUGGCCAUUCCCAUACUACCCGCCCCACUGUGGAUCCCUGCUGUCCCGGGGGCCUCUCUUGCCCCUCAUCUUUCAUCUCUCCCCACUUCCUCCACCUGAACCUUUGGACUCUUGCUGCCGUGUUGGCUUUGGUUCGUGGUGUGCUCCUUCCCGUGUCUCCCUGGGGCUCUGGGCAUUGCCAGGAGGGAAGGACUGAGCUCCUCCAGGCAGCGGAAGCUGGCAUCAGGCACCACCCCAGGGCUUCCGUCCUGUGGCUGGCUGCUGCCACUCUCCUGGGAGUGAGGGUGCUGGGAUCCAGAGUCACAACUGUGUGGCACCGUGGGACACACAAGCUUAGCCAGACCCAGGGACAUGCUCCCCCGACACCUACAUCAGGGAGUAGAGCUGGGAUCCUUGGGAGCCACUGGUCUCUCAGAAGUCCCAUCCCACCCUUCCUGCCCCCCUGAUUUUCUAAUUGGAAAUCUGCAGUCCUGACCUGGGAGAACCCAUUUUGUCCAGAGCCCCAAGACUCCCAGCGAGGGCUGGCUGGAGGGGAAGGACUGAGCCGCCUGAGGCCCUUCCCUGCCCUGAUCUUGGUGGGGAAGGCAGCUGACUCGCCCUCUUCAUACCCUCCGGCCUCCCUCCCAGAGACUUGUGGGAGCAGAGGGAGAGACCCCAGUGGGUGGAGGCCGCCUCUACUUUUGCCCCUCCUUGUAACGCUGGCUUCAGCCCCUUGGCCGCUCUGGCCUCUGUUGCCCACCACCCCUCACCCUGGGCUGCUCCUGGAGGAGAAGGGCUGGGCCUAGCUGGCUUCUUCUGGCCCUGAGCAGAUGGACCCUUGAGCCUGCUGCCUCCAAAGUUUGCCUGCAGCCCCGGGGCUCAAUUCAAGUCCAGGGGCGAAAAUAGGCCUGUGGGGCUCCAGGAAGCCCGUUCUGAGCCUCUUCCUGCCUGCUCCCAGGCCCAAGGCUGCAGGGCACUGGCUGCUUAGAUGUGUCCUGGGGGCCAGCGGUGGCCAGCAGUGGCCAGUAUGAGGGGUAGAGAGAGGCUAAAUGCGAGGCAGGGAUGACCUAGGGGCAGGCAGAACUGCACAGGCCUGACCCUCCUGGGGAGAAGCCUGCUGUUCCCAGCCCCUUACUCCCACCCCAGCCAAGUCUCUUGCUGCCACCCCAUAAUGGAGGAAGCCGCAGAAAGGCUGCACCCGAAGGCGCACCACAACACCUGCUGUGAAAACUGGAGGCCGCUCACAGACGAGGUGGAGGAUGAUUACAUCAAGAGCUGGGAGGACAGUCAGCAAGGAGAUGAAGCCCUGGACACCACCAAGGACCCCUGCCAGAAGGUGAAGUGCAGCCGCCACAAGGUGUGCAUCGCCCAGGGCUACCAGCGGGCCAUGUGCAUCAGCCGCAAGAAGCUGGAGCACAGGAUCAAGCAGCCCACCCUGAAACUCCACGGGAACAAAGACUCCAUCUGCAAACCCUGUCACAUGGCCCAGCUGGCCUCCGUCUGCGGCACUGACGGCCACACCUACAGCUCAGUGUGUAAGCUGGAGCAGCAGGCCUGCCUCAGCAACAAGCAGCUGGCGGUGAGAUGCCAGGGUCCCUGCCCCUGCCCCACAGAGCAGGCUGCCGCCUCCACCACCGACGGCAAGUCAGACACCUGCACAGGCCAGGACCUGGCCGACCUGGGGGAUCGGCUGCGGGACUGGUUCCAGCUCCUUCACGAAAACUCCAAGCAGAACAGCUCAGCCAGCGGUGCAGCCAGCCCAGCCGGAGGGCUGGACAAGAGCCUGGGGGCCAGCUGCAAGGAUGCCAUCGGCUGGAUGUUCUCCAAGCUGGACACAAGUGCCGACCUCUUCCUAGACCAGAGUGAGCUUGCCGCCAUCAACCUGGACAAGUAUGAGAUCUGCAUCCGCCCCUUCUUCAACUCCUGCGACACCUACAAGGAUGGCCGAGUCUCCACCGCUGAGUGGUGCUUUUGCUUCUGGAGGGAAAAGCCCCCCUGCCUGGCAGAGCUGGAGCGCAUCCAGAUCCAGGAGGCUGUCAAGAAGAAGCCAGGCAUCUUCAUCCCGAGCUGUGACGAGGACGGCUACUACCGCAAGAUGCAGUGUGACCAGAGCAGCGGCGACUGCUGGUGUGUGGACCAGCUCGGCCUAGAGCUCACCGGCACCCGCACACACGGGAGCCCCGACUGUGAUGACAUCGUGGGUUUCUCGGGGGACUUUGGGAGUGGUGUCGGCUGGGAGGACGAGGAGGAGAAGGAGCUGGAAGAAGCAGGUGAAGAGGCUGAGGAGGAAGAGGGCGAGGCGGGCGAGGCUGACGAUGGAGGCUACAUCUGGUAGAUGGUCCCGGGGCUGUGGCAGGCCAGGUUGCCAAUGGCCAGCAGAAGCCUGGACAGCAGCGGGCGGCUUAUCGAAUGACUGAAAGUUAGCCGGAAGGACCCUGGCUCAGGGGGAGGAUCAGAAGUAGGAGUGUACAGCUCGCGUGUGGAGCGUGCGGCUGGGACGUGUGUGUGUGUGUGUGUGUGUGUGUGUGUGUGUGUGUGUGUUAGCAUGUGCUGACAAACGUGUCCUGGGUCCACAACACUGAUCCUGGCAGAGUGAGUCAUCCAAAGGCCCCAAAAUGCUUCCUUGUCUUUGUUUUCUUUCCAUGUGUCAAUUUUAAAAUGCACAUAUUCUCACACUGACAGGUCAAAAACAGUGAAAUAAGAUGCUCCCAGUCCUGCCCGACCUGCCCACCCCAAUCUCCUGCGGACCCCACCAGCCCUGCCUCCUCCCGCCCCCAUCCACCUUUAGAGUCCCAGGGGAGGGAGGGCAAGAAGCUGAUUGCAUGGAGCUGGUGUGAGACUCCCCCAGCCACAGUAAGCCCUGGCCCUCUGUUGGUCCCCCUCCUCCGGGCCCCAAGCACUAGCGAAAGUCCCCACAGCCCAGCUGGAGUGACCAGAGGUGACUGGGAAGGAGCUAGAGGCAGAGAUGAUGAGGCAGGAAAAAGCCAACCAGGUCCUUCCCACUGGAGGGGUGGAGCAGGUGGGGAGCAAGGUGAGCUCAGAGAGGGUAGGUUCCAGGCAGAGCCUUGGGAGUAGCUAUGGUGCAGCUUUGAACCCCAGACCCUGGGACAGCCAGACCAGCUCCUCCCUGUGAGUCUCCUGUGGGCCACGGUACAGGCCACUGGUUGCCUGGGAGCUUGGGGCUGGGAUUAUGCAGUGGAGCCCUGCCUGGGUCCCCUGUGGAGCAGCUCAGUGUAGGGAGUAUUGCUCCUGCCUCUGUCCCUUGCUGGUGUCCUCCUUGUCCUCUUCAGGGAGCUGGAAGGCUAGGAGCAGCACCUCCCUGACCUGACACGUUCUCCUGUCUAGACCAAUGGACAUGUAUCCCUGGGACCCUGUGAAGGAGACAUAGUUGGGAGGUGCCACCUUUCUGCUGUCAGGGCUUGAUGAUCCUCUCCACCUCGCAGCCUGGGAUGGACUCCAUGUCCAUCCCAGCCCCGCUCCUCUGGCUCCCCGAGGGUCCCUCAAGGCUACCCAAGCUCUGUUGUGAAGCGCUCUUGUGCGAACAUCAGUGAGAAGGCAGCCCCAUAGCCGCACCACACUUUCCCCCAAACCUCCUGAUUGGGCAGGGGGUCAUCUUACCCACAUAAGGAGAUGCCCCGUGGUUUUCUGUUUGUGCAUUUGCUGUUGUUUUCCCCAGUUUGUCAAGUUCUCCCUGUCAAGUCAAAUUCCCUAAUACCUUUGGUGAACUCUUUCUUACCUGGAUAUGGGCCUCUGGGAGAGUGCAAUGUGUGUUUGAAUGGGUGUGCAUUGGUGUGCGUGUGUGUGUGUGUGUGUGUGUGGGUGUGUGGACCUGGGGCCAUCAUGGUGGCCUCCUAGAGCGGAGAGGAUGAAUGGCUGCAUGAGGUCCAUGUGCCUGGCUCUCCCAGCAUCCACUGAGGCUGAGUGCUGUUGGACGUCAUGGAAGAGCCUCACCCAUUCGCCCCUUUCCUCCACCCUGGAAGCCACAUCUCUGGAGCCCUCACUUGGGGGAAAUAACGAAACUCCACCUUAGACCCAUAAAGCGCUUCUCAUCCCGCAGCACAGUUCUGAUUGUUGAGGUGUCGCGCUAUUCCAGACCCUGGCCCUGUCCUCCUCCCCUCCCCUUCCAGUCCCCUGGGCCCCUUCCUCUGGUCUCCUGGUCAGUCACAUCUGCCCUCUGCUCUCCAGACAGCCGCUCUUCUGACUCGAGCUAUCUGAACUUCCUGCUCUCACUGGGAUGGGAGUGUGUCUCUUUCUCUGCUCCAGUGGGACUUCCAGAACUGUCGGGAGGGCAGCUGAGAAGGAUGCUGGGCUCCCUGGGGUGGUUAGGGGCAGAGGAAAGGGCAUCCUUCCUCUUCUCACCAUCAUCCUCCUCUCCUGGGGGGUUGUGCUCUGUGUCUCUGGGUCUUCCGGUUGUGCACAUUUAUCUGAUCUUGUAAAUGUGAUUUAGGAGGAAAGUAAAGGGCAUUGAACUAGCCCCUGGUGGGCCGGCAGGGGUCCAGGCUUGACCUGUCUCUGAAGCUCCUACUGCUUUGUACCCCACUGAGACGGCCCCCCAAAGGCAGAUGAAAGCAGUUGUUCCCAACAAGGCUGAAGGCCUCGAGUGACUUCUUGUUAGACAAGUGUAAGUUUCUCACAGCGAGGUUGCAAGUUGGCCCCCCAGCCCUAUGGAUUUAUGCCCUUGACCUAGCUGCUGUCCCAGCCCCUGCCAGCUGCUCUACACGGAACUCCUUGCCCUUUCCUGCUUCCUGAGCUUAGGCAGGCAGGAACUGUAGAACUGCGUUGAAAAGAGCUCAACCAAAUAGAGAACCACGACUCGCGUGGUCCCAGACCUCCUUGGUGCAAGGAUGCAGGAAAAGAUGGGGUAGGUGGGGACUGGAGAAAAUGUGUCGUGAGAGACCACUCAGAGUCUGAGGGUAAUGGAGAAGGGGCGUGGCCCAGAGAGUUUAGGAAGCAAGCCAAGUUAGUGAGAGGGCGAUGGGACACCUUGACUGCCCCCUAGUGUUCCACCGUGGUUGUGACCAAUCAGGGUGGUGGCCCCGCUUCCUUCCGGCUCCAGCCUGCCUGAUUUAUUGGGCAGGCCACACAUUCGCCCUUUCAAGAUCUCUGUCUGCUUCCAAAUUCACCUUAGAGUAGGCGGGGUCCAAUGGUACCUAAACCGGAACUCUCCAUUUCACCAAAGCCUGAGCCCUCAGCGCUUUGGGGAGGACGAGUGGGUAGUCAUCGACACCCCAGGGUCACCGUGGGGCCGCGGCUGGCGGGGUCCCAGGGAAGAGACACUGGGGGCACAAAAGGAGACUGGAGACAUCCUAAGGAACUCCCAAGCAGAGCCAACUGCUUUAUAGCCUGCAGCCUACUCAAACUGUGUGACGUGCAAUAACUGAGCUUAGAGUUAAGAAUUGUGUUCAAGUGCUUGGGUUUCCGUCUGUAGAUUUAAGUGCUGAAAUCGUAUCUCUCGGUAAUCUUAGAUGUCUUUUUAAAAAAUCGAGAAACAAAGUGUUAGACCUAUGUGUGCGCGAUGGGCACUCAAGCGUCCCUGGAUCACCCCACCCUCUUCUUCCCCUGUACCCCGUCCCCUCACACCCCACCUCCCCUGCCCCCCACUUGGGGACCCCGCCUUGUGUCGUCUUUGUGUCUGCCUAUUAGCCUAAGGAAACAAGUACACUCCACACACGCAUAAAGGAAAUCAAAUGUUAUUUUUAAGAAAAUGGAAAAUAAAACUUUAUAAACCA